UAUGAAGUGGUAAAACGGCGGCAUCGUUCGUUGACUGCUGCCGCUGUGUGAUGAUCUGUAAUGGGCUAAUUAAUUGUGUACUUAAAGCUUCGGUCUUUGUGCUGCCCAUAUUCUUAUGAUAAACUCUUUAUAGAGAACAUCAUUUAUUUAUAUGGCUGGAAAAUGUGAUAGAUGAAAAAGUUUGAGUGUGGUGCUCGAGGUGGUAGACUCAACACCUUCCUCAUCAUCUCAAUUUUAAAACUUGGAGAUCCCCUGACUGCAUGGACCAGAUGAGCCUUAUUCAUGAUGAGGGAGUUUUAGGGGAAAUAUGACAACCACUGACAGAGGCAAGCUGGUGGAGGAAGGGGAGCAUGGAGGGGGGUGUGGCAACUCCAGCAAUCCACCCCCCUCAUCUGCAUCUUCCUCAAAUUCUAAUUCCAAUUCAUCUACUGCCUCGAUUCCCCCAAGUGGGGUCUUAGUGCCUGGGGGACCAAAGGGACCAGAUGGAACUGUCAUUGAAGAGGUUAUGACAGCAGUUGUUGGUAAGAAGCAGCCAGUAAGAGGUCAAGCAUUUCGAGCACCAAAUGGAGAAUAUGUUUCAUACCUCUGUACCGAUGAUGCUACUUUAUAUAGACCAGGGGAUUCUGUAUAUAUUGAGAGCCAGCGUGCUGAUCAGCCGUUUUUCAUAUGCUCAAUACAAGAAUUUCGCAGGAGUAAAAGAGACACUUUAAUGGUUAACAUUAAGUGGUUCUAUAGACCUUCAGAAGUGCCAGAAACUGUUUACCAACGACUGGCCCAGGAUCGCAACACAGAGAAUAACAACAAAUCACUUGUGACAGAUGAUCCAGUAAUAAAAUCCAGAGAACUUUUCAUCUCUGAUGCUACAGAUACCUAUCCUGUGUCUGUUCUUCGGGGCUUGUGCCGUGUGGACCAUUAUUCCGAUAUUCAUUCUGUUAGGGAUUUUAAUCCUGAAGAUAAUGCUUUCUUUUACAUCCUUGGAUAUAAUCCCGAGACUCGCAGAUUAGCUUCAACACAGGGUGAAAUUCGUGUAGGUCCAUCACAUCAGGCCAAGCUUCCUGAAUACAGAGGUAAUUUAAUAAUUGAAGAAAGGCCAGAGGUGUGUGCAGAUUGGGAGGAGCAGCGCUGGAUUCCAGGUGCCUCAAGAGAUACUGACCUCCUCAUGUACCUGCGAGCUGCCCGCUCUAUGGCUGCGUUUGCUGGUCUUUGUGAUGGUGGGUCCACCACUGAUGGAUGUAAUGCCGCUGCCAAGGAUGAUACAACUAUUAAUGCAUUAGAAAUGCUUCACAAUAGUGACUACGAUCAUGGUAAAGCUCUUCAAGCUCUUGUUAAGUGCCCUGUCCCUGAUGGAAUUGAGAAGAAGUGGUCAGAAGAGGAAAGAAAACGUUUUAUGAAGGGAUUACGGCAGUAUGGGAAAAAUUUCUUCCGAAUACGAAAAGACUUGCUGCCACACAAGGAAACAAGUGACUUGGUGUCAUUUUACUACCUUUGGAAGAAGACACCGGCAGCAGCUGGUCACAGGCCACACCGUCGACACCGCCGUCAGAAUGUAUUGAGAAGGAUUAGAACUCCGCGAGCUCAGCGAAACACUGGUCCUAGUGACCCACUUGAUCCAUCUUCAGCUUCAGAAAAAGAUGAUGAUUCCGAUGAUUCAGAUUCCAAAGAUCGCCAGGGUUAUCAUUGUCGGCACUGCUACACUACUUCAUCCCGUGAUUGGCAUCAUGCAGGGAAAGAUAAGCAGUUGCUGUGUUAUGAAUGUCGCAUUCAUUUUAAAAGAUACGGAGACUUACCAGUAAUCACUAAUCCUCGUGAGCCGCCGCCUGGUUCUGGUCGACCCCUGCCAACCCCUUCAGAUGAAGAUUUACGAAUGAGAACACGCACGCGAUCCAAAGAAAUAAGCACUCGUCACCGUGCUGCUAGGCGCUCCAGAGCUAACACUCCUGAUAUGACUGAUGAAUGUCCUACACCUGACAGGAGGACUCCAGAUAGACGAACUCCUGACAGAAGAGCAGCUCGUCUUUCAGCCUCUCCAGCCCCUAAAAAGACGGAGGACAAAGGUGUACGACGGGUGAAACGUACUCUUGGUUCUGACGAAGCUUCUGGCUCUUCCACUCCAAACAAGAGGAAACGCAAUGGUGGUGAUAUGUCUGACCUUAGCUCAGGAGAAAGUUCUGAUGAAGGUGAUGGUGGUAGUGGAGAACCUAGUUCCCCAUCUCCAAUAGCUCCAUCUACACCAACCCCCCAGCUUCAUCCAGCUACGCCUCCCCAGUCAGAAGCACCAGUGACUUCAGGAGUUUCUCAGCCCAUUACUACCACUGUAAUGGUCACAUCCACUACCACCACCACCACCACUACCACCACCACCACUACCACAACUCCUAUGACUACUCCCAUGCCCAUUCAUGCUGUCACCACAGUUCCCACUUCUACUCCCAUUCCCAUUAUGACUCCGACUUCUACUCCUGCCUCAACAGUAUCUGCAUCACCGCCACCAGUAACUCCAUCCCACCUUAUUCCCCUGUCUGCUUCAUCACCAUCUCCUGCUCCCCCAACCAAGCCCAGACAGUUGCUGCCCUCAGGAUCAGUGUGGCCAAUCAUGCCUGGCUCUCCUGCACCACCCACUAUACCAGUAACCACCACAUGUGGAAUAACAACCACCUCUCAGGUUCAACCAACUUGGAGUAGUGUAGUGCAGUCUUCACUAGCAGCAGCCACUGCUAGUUUAGUGCCUCCCCCAGCCCACAGUGGCUCAGCAGUACAAGCACAAGUAAUUGGUCGCCUUACCACUCCUGUGUCAUCAACACAGUCUCCAGUAGUUUCCCAAUUUAAAUCGGCAGUCAUUACUGCUGCUCCAACUUUAUCCACUGUUAGCAGUAUGAUAAACCAAGGUCAUAAUAGGCCAAUAGUCACUGCCAGCCGAGUUCCUUCUGUUCCUCAGCUUGUUACUCCUGGUGUCACCAGGCCAACCUCUCUCACUGUGGUAGCUCCUGUAGCAUCAGUUGGAUUAGCUACAACCUCACCAGUCACAACCACAGCUGUGUUUAGUUCAGUACGACCUACACCCAGUAUAGAGGAACGUGGGUCUGUAGUACGAGCCCCUGUUAGUAGUGUGCCACAUAGUGUGCUCUCUACACCACCUGUUACACAAGAAAAACCAAUUAAAAUUAAAUCAGAAGCUGAGGUUGUCAGAUUUUCCCCUGGAAUUCAUCCUGCUUUAAGACCAUCUGCUGUCCAUGGCUAUCCCCAAGCAGGAAUGACUAAUCCUCCUCCAAUUACCCAAGCAUCUUCCACCACGAUGUCUGUUACGAGAGCAAGUCCUGCACCUGCAGUGUACAGCGUUGGGGUGACAGGAACUCCGCCAACAAGUCUUCAGUCGGUACCAUCACGAUCACCUUUAAUCCCAGGCCCAGUUAUGCCCCCAUAUUCUACCCCCCCAGGAAUCAUAAAACCUGAACAAAUAAAACGAGAACCAGAACUUGUACCAAAAGCUGAGAAACUAAAGCAUGAACCGCUUCCUAUAUCAAGUGAUGUUUUUAAAAGUGAAUUUGGAAAAAUAGAACCAAAGCCUGAAAUAAAAUUAGAAAGGAGUGAUAGGCCAGAAAUCAUCGCAGAAUUCAAAUCAGAAUAUCGGCAAGAUGUCAAGCCAUCAAGCUCAAGUUUUGCUCCUGUUGCUACUACUGCUACACCUCUAUCAUCCUUGCCUGCACAUCUCACUAUCCCAGGAUAUACUUACCCAUAUACAUAUGGUUACCCCCUUCCCAUGCAUUAUUCUUACAUUGGACAUCCUCGCUCUACAUCACAUCGGCCACAGUCCCCUUCACAGCGUCCUAAUAGCACUGGACCUUCUAUACCUGUUACUUCAUCAGGAAGUUCUAGUAGGGUGUCCCCAAACCCUAUAUCUUUUACAAUGGGGUCAUCAACUAUAACAACCUCGUCAACUACAACUAAACCGUCACCAAAUCCUUUAUCAUACACACCUGCUCACUUGGGGCCACCAGUGUUCACAAGUCGCUCUGGGGCUCCUCCACAUCACUCCUCCCCAAGCAAGCUGCCACCUAGUCAGCCACCACCAUUGCCAACUGGUUUGCGACCUCCGGGACCUGCUGUUUGUUUACCAGGAAUGUCACCUGGUUUACCACCUGGAAUGCCACCCGGUUUGGUUCCAUCAACAUCAGGAGGACCUCCUACGUUGCCUACACCUCCAGCGGCUCACACUGGGCCAGUUGUUAAGCCUCCUAGUAUGCCUGUAAAUUUGAUUCGGCCUCCCACGCCUACUGCUGGCCAGCCUCCUACUACUCAGGCCUUGCCGGCCACAGUACCACCCAGUCACCCACCAUAUCCAGGGGGUCCUGCUUCUACCCACAGCUCUGGCAGCAAUGUUCAUGAAGGAGAAGAACAUGAUGAUGGUGAUGAUGACUUACCUGCUCACAGAGAACCUUCCCCAGAACCAAAGAUAGAAGACUCAGAAUUUCAUCGUUCUGAGAGUGCAAUCUUCCUACGUCACUGGAAUCGAGGAGAUUUCAACUCUUGUACGCGUACUGAUCUCACCUUCAAACCUGUUCCUAAUAGCCAGUUAGCACGAAAACGAGAAGAAAGAUUGAGAAAGCAAGCGGAAAGAGAAAGAGAAAGAGAAGAAAGAGAAAGAAUACAGCGGAAAGCAAACACCCCAGACAAACGGGAGACUCCCAAGCCCUCAAGUUCAGGUGAAGGUAGCUCACUCUAUGACCGUAUUCAGCAAAGGAAUGCAGUGGACACACCAGCUCUCUCUAGACUUGGUGAUUAUGCACGUUCCCCUGCUGGUCUCUCUCCUGGAGCAGGUCGUCCUCCUGGCUUAGGUUUGCCUCCAGGACUAGGUGGUGCACCACCACCUGGUCUAGACCUGCUUCACUAUGGCAGUAUGGCAGCACUCUACCAACCAGGAACUCAAGAAUUAGAAGCUAGGGAACGUGAACUUCGUGAAUUGAGGGAACGGGAGUUAACAGAUCGUAUUAAGCAAGAAAUGAUGAAGCGUCCUAUGAAUGCACCUGAUUCACCCUAUCCUCAUGGUCUUUCUCCACAUUGGCUGAGUGGCGGUCGCUUUCCUGGUAUUCCACCGCCAGUAUCUUUGGCUUCAGGAUUUGCACACAGUCAUGCAUUGUAUGCACCCAGCCCAUCAGUCUCUUCAGCCCUCAUUGCCUCAGAACGGGAUAGAUUGGAGCGCUUAGGGCUACCAGCCACGACCCUGGGCCUGAGCGCGGGUGCUACUCAUUCGGACAACCCACUGACUGUGUCCACUGCGGAGAGGCUAGCCCUGGCUGACCACAUGCACCGGAUGCAGAUGAUCAACGAAGUUCAUGCCCAUACUCACUCCCAUGCCCACACCCACCUCCACCUUCAUCCUGGAGCAGCAGCGGCAGCGGCAGCUGCAGCUGGUUAUCCUCCUCGGCCACCAAUGCUGAGGCCAGGUGAUCCCCCACCUGGAUACCCACCCCAAAGCCACCAUGCUGCUGCCUUAUUAGGGCGACCAUAUGAGGAACUAGCUCAUAUUUCAGUAGCCCACGCCCAUGAGCAACUGCAAAGACAGAUGUUGAUGGAGAGGGAGCGCUACCCUCAUAUAAAUCCUGGUGGACAUUUUAGGCCUGACUAUGGUCAUGGCCGGUGAGAAAACAGUAUUUCUAAGUAAGGUUAUACAGUAUACAUCAUAUGCAGAUUGCGGGUCAGUUGAACAUUGAAAAUGAUAGAUAUUUUCGUUCUACUGCAAUAGAAAUUACACUAAUAACUAAAUACAUUCUGUAAAGUAUUGUAUCUGAAAGUAGACAUAGUAGGAAACUUCUGAAAUUUGUAUCAAC